AUGGCUUCCAAAGCUGUGACGACAUCGACUUUGACACCUGUCAUGACAUUGGAGGGUCAUGGGGGGUCUAUCCCGUGCAUUUGCUACUGUCCGGACGGAAAACAACUAAUCAGCGGAUCUUGGGACAAGACCACGCGACGAUGGGACCUGCAGGUAGGUAAGGAGAUUGAGGAGGCGCGGGAUGUUUAUGAGCACGAAGUAAGUGCGGUAGCAGUAUCAAAUGAUGCUCGAUGGGUGGUCACUGUCGUCUCUCGUCACGGUGGACCCGGCAAUACGUUGAGCUGGGGUCUCAACGUGAAAGUCCGUGAUGUUGAGACGGGGACGAAACAUUUUGAACGCUUCUCAAGGUCCGGGAAGGUCAGCUGCAUCGACAUCUCCACGGACAACACAUUACUGGCGAACGGGAUGUGGGAUGGUAGUGUGCAGAUACGGAGCUUGGAUACUGGCAAGCUUGUGGCUGGUCCAUUGAGAUGUGAUGAUUAUGUGGGCGCAAUUCGAUUCUCGCCAGACUCGAAGAAGCUCGCAGCGAUGUCACAUGUGGGGAAAUGCCUUGAAGUGUGGGAUGUCGAGACACAGACAUCAGGUGCCAAAGUGGGGGGUUAUUAUGAGGCUGCAACUGGGGUAUAUGCGCCGGUGUUGUGGACAAUGCAAAGCAAAUCCAUCGUUGCCGCAUUCGGUUUCUCGGGUGCCUUCGCGAGGAUAAUCUAUGAGUUCGACGCGUCGACGCUGGAGACUGUCGGAGCUCCAUUCAAAGGACACGGCGAGUUUGUGACAGGUCUAUCACUUUCAUUCGACGGUGUGCCCCUUGCUAGCGGUUCGACCUUCGACCACACGAUCAAGCUGUGGGCCUUCGAGUCCCGCCAGCUCCUCUCUUCAUUUGACAUUCAGAGACCACACGACAUCAUCCUCUCACCCAACUCACACCAACUGGCUUACACCACCUGGGCUGACGACAAUAUCCAUAUAUGCGACAUUCCACCCGACAUUCUUGCUACUGUUUGGCCUCCACAAGAAACACAGACUGAUACUGUUGCCCCUCACAAUCCACGCCUUGCCGAUCUACUCAGUUCCAACGCAACACGCCGUGCCGCGCGUCGAAACCUAGCCACGUCACCUUUCACACCCCUUCCCCACCCGCUAAGACGAUCUACAGAGAAGCCCACUAUCUUUCGCCACAUCCGCCCGUUCCUUCCUUAUCCUUUCCGGAGUGCAGUUCCUCCUGUUCGGAAUGAUCGGCCUCGCGACCCUUUGGAUUUUCCUGCUACACUACCUCUACCUUCCACCAGCUCUCCCUUAGUGCAGUCCACGAUUCAAAGGCGUUCACAUACGGAUCUCCCUGAGAACUCUCAACCCACACCAAUGCCACUCCGGCCCGUUCGUGCGCUUCAUGCUCCGCUACCCGUUGUUGAUGUUCCUCUCGCGUGGGGUGAAUUGCGCCACGCCGCAGCGGGUGCUCCCUCCAAGGAUGAUGACAUGAUACGUGAUGAAGGUGUUCCUUCUCCUCCUCCUUCACCCAAUCCCAAUUCCCAAUCACUCGCAGCUGUGCAGAUUAAUACCGGACAGCAUGGUAGCGUUUUGAUUGUUGUCGCUCGUCGCAUGCUUUUAUUCGAUCAACGUGGACUUGUACCAAUCGCUUCUUAG